AUGGUAGCCUUACAGGUCCAUUUCUUGCUGGUUCCAUCCCUCGUGAGCAUCAUGGGAGCAGCACAGUACGUGAUGCAGGAUGCAGCCCUGCUGAGCUACAUUGACCAGCGUUUUCUGUCUCUGGAGAGGAGGCUGGAGAAGUGCAGCCAAGACCUGCUGGAAUACGUGGAUGAGGUCAGAGAGCUCUCCAAGGCGGCACUGGCCCGCCUGGCAAGGCUGAGCACCGACAAGGCUGAGCUUGAGGGGGAAGUGGAGAAUUUGCUCACGAGGGUCGAGCGCGCCCAGAGGGACAUCGACUAUUUCGGAUCCAUCAUGGAUUCCAACGCCUGUGUGGAGGUGCACAAGGACCUGCUGAAACAGCAGCUGCUGGAAGAGGCAGAGGAGAAAAAGAGACUUAAACUCAUGCUUAAUGCAAGCUGUGACCACAUGCUUGCAGGUAUUAGGUCCCUGAAGGUAGUUAAGAAAACUGGAGGAAAGCAUGGCUCUUGGAUGAAAGAUCCUGGCAAAAAGCAUGCCAAGAUUUAUUUAUUAAGUGGCUCUGUGAACAACGUGAUUUUGGAAUUUGCAAAUAUCAUGGCUUUCAUGGAGAACAACCAGACUCUGAAGGCUCGCAGAGUCCCCUUGCCAAUGCCCUGGGAAGGAACUGGCCACGUCAUCUACCAGGGCUUCCUCUUCUACCACAGGCACGGCUCCUUGAACGAGAUCGUGAAGUUCCACCUCCAGAGAAGGAACGUAGCUGACCAGAUGCUGCUGCCAGGGGCUGGGAGGAUUCCUGCCUACCAGCUCUCUCCACAGACAAAAAUAGACUUGGCUCUGGAUGAGCAGGGGCUGUGGGCCCUCCAUGCAGAGCCAGAGACCGGGGGGAACAUUGUCCUCACCAAAAUCAACCCCAUGGCCAUGGCGGUGGAGCACAGCUGGGACACACCCUGCAGCAGCAGGGAUGCUGAGGCAGCUUUCAUGGCCUGCAACACCCUGCACGUGGUCUACAACUCUCCUUCUGGGGGCUCCUCCCGCAUCCAGUGUGUUUAUGAUGUUUUGGGUGCUCUGAAUGUUCACACAAACCCAGGACUGCAUUUCCCAAAACGCCAGGGUGGCCACUCCAGCGUACACUACAAUCCCAAAGAGAGGCAGCUCUUUGCUUGGGGUGAUGGAUCCCAGAUCAUUUACAAACUUCACACAGAGCAGAAAGUUUAAAACCUUUAGCAGCUUUUCAAGCAGACCUAAAAGCCAUCAGUCCCAGGUCAACACAGCCUUUUUAUGUGUGUUAAAAUUGCAUUACUCCC